CGGAGAGCGCACGGACGGGAGGGGGGAACCGGGGCGCACGGCUUGUGAACUGCCGGCCGGUGCAGCUGCACUCUCUCCUCUCAACUGCCUCGGGGGGAAUUAAAUUAUUUCAAAACAACCACACAAGAGGAGGUGUACUGUUGGACGAGAGAGCCUGUAAGAAGAUGACGGUCGAGUUUUGGGACCCGCUGUAAGGACAGGAAGGAGGCGAGAUGGCAGUGCAUGUUUUCAAAUGCCUGCGCCGGCCCGGGCGCUAGAACAACAGGUAGUAUAGCUUUUGUGGUGAGUGUGUAGGGCCACACAGUGUUUGGACAGGAGAGUUAUGGAAUAUGCGGAGCCCGACGUGCCCCCAGCUGACACCCCCAUCAAAAAAGAAGGAGUCGUGUCCAAGAAGACUCAUUUGACCCAAAUUGAAGUUAUCCCAUGCAAGAUCUGUGGUGAUAAAUCCUCUGGAGUCCAUUAUGGAGUCAUCACUUGUGAGGGCUGCAAGGGAUUCUUCCGGCGUAGCCAGCUGCCCACUGUAUCGUACUCCUGCUCCAGGCAGAGUAACUGUCAGAUCGACCGUGCAAGUCGUAACCGCUGCCAACACUGUCGUCUGCAGAAGUGCUUAGCGCAGGGCAUGAGCAGAGAUGCGGUGAAAUUUGGACGGAUGUCUAAGCGCCAACGGGACUCUCUGAUCGCUGAAGUGGAGAGACACCGACAGCAGCAGCAGCAACAGCAGCAGCAGCAACAGCAACUUCAGGCAGAACCCCAAUCUGUGUUGUCCUACCCCAUCAAGGGCCGCCAGGACCGCUCCCCGCAGCUUCUUCAGCCCAUGGCUUCAGCCUACUCCUUCACUGGAGAGACUGGACUGCUGUCCUACACCACUGAUGUUCACCCUUAUCUGGUGUGCUCCCCGAGCGAGUCACAGGUGUCAGACAUGAUCUAUAGAAGCUCUGGUGUCUCUCCCACAUCUAGAUCCCAGGGGAGGGGGGACAACAGUGGACACUCUGAUGGAAGAGUAUUUGACUCCAGACAGCCACCUCAUGAUCUGAUGACAAUUCAUCCCUACAACCCACUGGAGGAUCCUUAUAGCCUCUAUCCUCACUCUCUGCGUAAUAUAGAUGAGCUGUGUGCCAGCAUUGUGCGUUCCCACAGAGAGACCUGCCAGUACAGAGUUGAGGAGCUGCAUGCUCUCAGAUGGAAACUGUUCAGCAGGGAGGAGAUCCAAGCCUACCAGAGCAAAUCAGUGGAUGAGAUGUGGCAGCACUGUGCCAUUCGACUGACUGAUGCCGUGCAGUUUGUGGUCGAGUUUGCGAAACACAUCCCAGGUUUCCGUAUGCUCAGCCAGAACGACCAGAUUGCGCUUCUGAAGACUGGUUCUAUGGAGGUGGUUCUGGUGAGGAUGAGUCGGUUCUUUAACACAGAGAACAACACCGUCUUCUUUGAUGGGAAAUUUGCUGGAACUGAAGUCUUCAAGUCUUUGGCAUGUGGUGAUUUAAUUGCAGCAGUGUUUGACUUUGCUCACGCCAUGUGUGCUUUGAAGCUCACCGAGCAGCAGAUUGCUCUCUUCUGUGCACUGGUGCUGAUCAAUGCAGAUCGACCAUGUCUGGAAGACAGAGGCAGGGUUCAGAGAGUGCAAAGAAGUGUGGAGUUAGGGCUCACACACAUCCUACACCGAGACCACCAACAAAGUCUAAUGCACAAGCUCCACCAGAGGAUGGAGGUGUUGCGUUCACUGUGCAGUCUGCACAUGGAGAAGCUGCGCUGGUUCAGUCAGCGUUAUCCACUCACCGCUCACUCUAUGUUCCCCCCACUCUACAAGGAGCUGUUUGCCUCCGAGGCAGAGCUGCUGCCCGGGACCACCCACUGAUGUUUCCCUGAGAAUAUGCAAAGACACAUUUGUACAUACAUAGAUAUUAUUUCAAGUCUCAUUAUCACUUCUUGACAGAACCUAUUUUUCUAAUAAUGGAAAAUGAAUAAGAAUAGCACAAUAGUCAUAGCGUGUUCAGUGUUACAUGACUUCCACAGAACUUUUUUGGGUAGAUUAUGUAUCAAAUAUUUUGAUAGCUUAAAACUAUUUUGAUUAUUCCAGGGAAACAUGUAUUUUGUUGUUCUUUGACGAUACUAUGUCUGAGUACAUUGUCAGUGGGCUACAGGUUUCAUUUUCUCUCAGGUUGUGUUGUUGUGAUUCUGUGUCACAGUGCAUUCAGACAUACGGAUUCAAAGAAGCAGGACACCAGUCAUCAUCUUUUGAAACUUUAAAGUCCAGCUAAAAACUCAGCUGAGUACCACAGCCUAUAUAUUUGAUAAGUGGCUUUCAAAAGGUUUUUUGCUUGUUCCUCUGUGAAUGCCAACAGCUAUAAUGUUUCAUUAUAACAGUUAUAAUGAACUUCAAUGGCAACCCAGUAUUACUGUGGGGAAAUAAGUAUGAAAUCAUCCAUAGAAACUUUUAAACCACUCAUGCAGCACAAUCUACUUUCUCCUCUGUCCAUUUGUGUGUUCACUAUGUUGCAGACAUCAAUAUUCUUGCUAAUACAGCUAAAUACACUGCUUUUAAGUCCUCAUGGACCUCAUCCUGUGUUUGAUCCCCAAAAUGUUGGCUGGAGAGUUGACUGUGUUCACGGGGAGUUUGAUCUCAGUUGUUCCCAAACAAUUUUUGGUACUUCCCCAUCUUUCAGGAACAUGCAAAUUAGGGAGCUACCACAGCAAAUGAUGCAGCGAUGUGGCUAAUCUUGCAGCUCAGCAUGGUUUUGUAUUGUUCCAGUUGGGUAUUUCAGGGCAAAUAUCCUGCAAAAUAUAUAUUUCCUGCAAAGGAAAAAAGAUAAAUUAAUUUGUCAAAUGCCAGUAAAC